AGGAACUUAAGUGUGUAUGUGUACAGUUUUUCUCCAAGGCAAAGAAAUCAUCAAAGCUUAUAAUCUGUAGCAUGGCACACAGGUCCACCACAUUACUCGAACGACAUGCAUUACGUGUGUUAUAUGACCUUGCAACAAAAGUUCCAAAAGUUGUGCUGCAGAGAAUUGAAGAAGCUGUUCCGGCUCUCAAAAUAAAAAUAGCAGAAAAAUCAAAUGACACUCUUGAUGCAAGGCUGAGGAAGAGAACAGCAUCAAAAGACACACGCUGUCUUAGAAGUACACUUUCUAUCCCCAGUAAUGAAGAAAAAGUUCUGGACCGGGGAAAUAGCCAUAAACCACAUGGCGAGACUGACAGUAAGCCAGAUUCACCAUCAGUAUAUCAACUGGAUAACACUGAAGCUGUACUUCUAGUUGACCUAAGCACCAGUCAGCUUGAUCGAGCAUUGACUGAAGACUGUUCUCCAUAUGCCAAUACAAAAGAAGUUGAAGUACUGAAAGGCUACAUGAAUGGACGAGAAACUGCCAAAGCUGUCAGUAACAGUACUGUUGUAAAAAUUGAGAAAGAAAUGAAUAAAGAACUUCAGCACCAAAACUAUUCUGUGGAUGAUCCACUGAUUAAGAAUGAAAUGGAGAAAAACAUCUCACAAGAACAUUCACUGCACCAAAAUGAUGCAUAUGUUAAUGUUAAGUGUGAAGUGAAGGAUGAAAUUAAAAUUGAAGAACAUGAAAUAUUUGUAGAGGAUGUACAGGAUGUAAGUUUUCUAUGUGAUGACAACUCUGGAGACAGUGAACUGGCUUCAGUGUUUAUACACAAUUACAAUCACGUGGACAGUGGUAUGAAGAAAAACCAUGAUCAAAUCAUGAAGAUUUCUAGCAGUUUUCUGGAUAGUCCACAGAUUAAUCGUGCUGAUGAUACUGGUGAUCACGUUUCUCAGACCACAGAUACAACACAAAUUAAGGAGAAAGCUGAUGAUGAUCUUAGUAUAAAGGAACAAGAUAUCAGGAAGUUAUAUAUAAAACGAAUUAAAGAUGAAGUAAUGCAGUGUGCAACUGCAGAGCCUAAGAACCUGGAAGAAAGCAGUUUGGUGAUAAAGAAUGGUACUACUAACAGUGGUCUUACUGCAGCACCCACAAAGUACAGCACACAGACACACUCAUACAGUGAAGUAGUGAAGAAUUCCAGCCAACUUGUGAAUCUGCCACUGCCAAGAUCGAAAGAGAAGCAUCUGAGAAGUGAUGACGCAUGCACAUCUUCAGUGUCUCAACAUUCGUUCUUUCUUUGUCGAGCAGAACAAGUAUACACAUGUAACUUGUGCAGUCAAUCAUUUUUCAAUGCUAGUACACUUAAGCUACAUUACGAAAUUCACCUUAGAGAAAGGUACCAGAAAUGUAAUAUAUGCGGUAAAGUUUUUCACGAUUCCCAUAAACUUAAAAAGCAUGUAAAAAUUCAUACCGAAUCAAAGUUAUAUGCCAGCGGUAAUAUAUAUAAAUUUCAUAAUGAUAAUAAUAACGGGGCAUUUGACAGUCCACAUAAUCAGAAAAUACAAAAUAGAUUUCCUGCUGGACACUGUUCGUAUCGAUGUAAAUUAUGUAAUAAAUCGUUUGCAAAUGCAGACAUUCUGAGAAUGCAUGUCACAACCCACACUGGAAAUAGACUUCAUCGCUGUGUUCUGUGUAGCAAGACUUUUGUAGAUGAGUAUCAGUUCACCCAGCAUCUACAUUUACACUGUGAAGAGAAGACUCAUGUAUGCAGAUUAUGCAAUAAAUGCUUUUCAAAUAUUAACGAUUUUAGGACACAUACCCGAAUUCACAAACAAGAAAGGACAUACUUAGCAAGAAAGAUUUUAUUCAGGCCAGUGUCCAGCUUAUGCAAGUAUCAUCAUAAAAGAACCCCUAUAGAUAUAUAUGAAAUAUGUAACAGAGCAUUUACCAGUUCAAAAAAUCUUAAAAUUAACAAGCAGGGUCAUAUACAAGAAAAGGACACUGGUGGGAAGAGAAGUACUCUACCCCACAGAGCAACUGCGAACAGUAACUGCAAAUAAUUGUAAGCCAUGCAAUAAUAAGAGUCUUCACAAUAUCAGUGUGGUUUGUUGAAAAACAUUUUAAAUUUUAUAUAAUGAUCAUAUUCCUGUUUAGAAGACUGAGAUUAAUGGCCGUGGGGAUUCGCUGCACUGACCACGCGACACCCUCUAUCCACAAAAGUUGGCACUAAGUUCACCGACAAGUGGUGGCCACUCAGUCGGUAUAGUUUGCUGCAGGCCACAGAGUUAAGUUAUAGUCAUAUUCAGGAUUAUUUGCUAUUAUAGGUAGAUUUAUGCUCAACUAAAUUACUACAACUUGUUAUAUUCUGAGGCUUUUGUGUGUUGCAGACACAUCACAAUGUAAUCAUGUUGCUUAUUUAUACAACAGCAGGCACAUAGAAUGGCAAAUUGAAACUUUAAUAUGGACAAUAAAGCAUCACUGUACAACAUGA